AUGUUGACCUUGACGAUUUCAUUGGACUCUCAUAAACUCCAUUUCUCUUCCAUUUCUUCUCCUAUCGACAGCUCACCUGCUUUUGAAAGAUCCAUCGCCAGUAGAGAUUUCUCCAGUGGUGAAGAGUUGUCUGUUGUCAUCAUUCAUGAAAGUAAAUGUUUACAAAGAUUUCUUCCACCUGAAACAACCACGAUGGCUGCGUCAAGCGGCAGCAGCAGCCGAGAAGGAUCGGCAAAAUCGACAGUGGCCGAUCAGAUAUCUCAGUCCAUACAAUCCACCUCCAAUAUCCUUCACCUCAUGAGGCAAUCAUCCCCGUCCCACGUCAGUAUCUCUCUUUCUUAUGCUGAAUCCCAGCUAUUGAAGCUUCCGAAAAACCUUCUAGCCAAGACCUCGACAAUAAAAAAUACGGAGAUGGUACUGGAGCAGAUGCCUCAAGUGAUUUCAGCACUAGAUGAACAUGUGGAAAAUGGAUUGCGGAGGUUGUAUCUGAUUAUUUUUGCAUAAAAUAUUUUGUUGCCUUAUCUUGGUUUCGGUAUCUAUAUCUGCCAUUGCACCUGAAGAUCAUGUAAAGGAAAACGAGCUAGUUUGAGUUGAAAGAAACUCAAAUAUGUAUGUAACUUGCGCUACCUUAAUAGAAGUAUCUAUUAAGCUAGCUGUUGAUGAUAAGAAAAGUGGCUUGUGUUUAUUGCUGGCCAUUUUGAUUUCUAGAGUACAAAAAAGGAAAAUUAGAGAGUCUGUUAUAAAAAUUGUUAUCUCUUCUUACUUUUUGUUAUUCACACGUCUUGGUUUCAUUUUCUCAACUUGGUAUGCUUGAAAAUUUUGUAGUGUGCCUCAGCUCAACACUGUAGUCCAACUGCUUUCCAACAUGCAAAGUUCUCAACUUAAGUCUCUCUCCUCAGCUCAGCUCACUCAACAAGAGGCUCGGCUUGCAGAACAACAAUCAAGUUGAACCAAUGCCCCUUCAAUGUUCCUCAAAAGCCACUGACCCAUGUUGCAAACAAGUGGGAGGUGAGGCAUGUGAGUACAUUGUUAUGAGGAAUAUAUGCUCGAUAUACAUUGUAAAUUGUUGACUCGUUCGAAUAGGCAUUGAAUGUUGAAGAAGAGCCAUAUUCAAACGUGGAGAUUGAGGAUUUAUAGCUCUUCCUACUUCCGAAAGGUUUUCAAAAAUUCGUUCGCCAAGUUCCGGAGUGAGGGUUGAUCGACUUCAUUAGGAAAAUGAAAUAAACCUUGCUUACAUUUGGUUUGUUGUUGGUACUAGGAUGAUUUUUGAGAAAUACUGUUGUUACUUAUGAACUUUGAGAAUAUUUGGCAUGUAUGAAUGUUUAUUUGUCAUUUUUAUUGGUUUUUUUUUUUUAAUCAUUAGAUCAAAUUAUUUUCACA